CUUCUGUUCUGAUUUGAACUGCGGCAGGUUUUGGAGCUAGCUAGCUAGCGAGCGAAUGGUUCAUCAAUGGCGUCGUCAAUGGUAGCGUCUAGGUUAUCUUCUCGCCUUCGACCAAUCGCCCUCCUCAAACUCCACAAAGGAAAUUCACUCUCGUUGGACGCCCCACUCCUCAAAUCCGUCUCUCCCUCUCGUUCCUCCGCCGCCCGCCGCAUUUCUCGCUCCUCAAGGUUACCAGUGGAGCUGAGCUGCUUGGAAUCAAUGAUGCCAUUGCACAGCGCAAUAGCUUCAGCUCGGUUGACAUCAAGCUUGCCCUUAGAGUCUAGUUGCUGGGGGUUAAUUCCUCAAGGCAUCUCGAUGCCUUUAUGACGGCCUAUUUCCAGAAAGACAUCACAGGGGUGACUUUGUUUCAGAUAGGAAUGUAAGACUCACGUCUUUUUUCUUAUGUCAACAGAUAAUGAAAUCAAACUGUUUCAAUUUCUGUAACCAAACGGAACAAUGAUGCGCGUUUCUGCUAGGUUAAUUUCUCCAGUUUUUUUCCCAGAUCUUUAGUCUCCCUUCUCUCUGACUGACCCCUUGCAUGAUUAGUUGAUCUUCAAGGGUUCAAUGUUCUUUUGUUUGCACAGCGAAGAAAAUUUCAUUCAAUGAUGCAAACAAAUCAACAACUGUUAAAUUCAAUGUAUGACAUCUUAAGAUAGUUGGCACAUAAGUUCUCUA